AUGACGACGACUACUACUACGGUUGCCUCUACUACUGAGGACGACAAGAAGAAGAAGAAGAAGACUCCGAAACCGAGCGCUAGCGCCAGUGAGACGUUGAGUUUUGUGUUUGCGUGUGGCCCAAAUGUGACGGUGUUGUUUCUAUUGGGUGUACUGGGCGGCAUGUGCAAUGGACUGGUGUAUCCUGCGCUGGCGUAUUUGUUCAGUUCUUCGUUUGUGAACAUUUCUGCCGCAACCGAGGACAACGCAUUGGCAGGAAUUCGUGACAUUGCCUACAAGUUUCUGGUAGUGGGAGUCGUUGCCUUGGUGGCCGCUGCCUGUCAGACAUUCUUUUUGGAGUGUGCGGCGCAUCAUGCGACUCAGUCUCUGCGAUUGCAAUGGUUUUCGUCUCUCCUACGACAAGACUCUGCCUUUUUUGAUCUCCACGAUGUCAGUGGCAUUGCGUCCUCGUUGGGUCCUGCGGCGAUCAAGUACCAACGUGGCAUUGGACGGAAACUCGGUGAUGGCAUUCAAUUCUUUACCACUGGAGUGGGCGGCUUUGCGUAUGGAUUCUACUCGAGUUGGAAAGUCGCGUUGCUCGUACUCGCAUUCUUGCCCGUCGUCUCCAUGAUGGCACUCUCGGUCGUCACGCUCAAUCAAACGCGCAGUGCUCGAGCCGCCAAGUACUAUGGAAGAGCCGCUUCGGUCGCCUACACGACCGUCUCGGAAAUUCGAACUGUAUUGGCACUCAAUGCUGUGCCAGAAAUGAUUCGUCAAUACACGUUGGCCACACAGGAUGCCUUUGAUCAGGCCGUACAGGUUGUAUUCAAGGAAGGACUGGCCAAUGGAGGAAUGCUCGGAAGUUUCAUGGUCUUAUACGGAAUUCUCGUACUCUUUGGAUCCUAUCUGCUCUACUCGGACAUUGCCGACACGGGAUGUGAUCCGUCAGGAGGUGUCCUUGGCAAUCAAACUUGUUCCAAUGCUGGAUCCGACGUUUUUGGAGCCAUGUUGGGCAUUAUGUUUGCCGCUCAGGGAAUUUCACAGGUUGGAAAUUGUACCGAAGCCUUUACCGAGGCUCGAACGGCGGCUUAUUCGGCACUCCUCGCUAUCAAUCGCAAACCCGGCACUCCUUCCGAAACCGUCUACAAAACAGACGAAGAAAUAGAAGCCGAAACCACCAAAUCCACUCGAUCCAUCACCAAUCAUUCCUCCGAGAAUUUCAAAAAUACAAAAGACUUUGAUCCACGCAUCAAGGCUGUGCUUCCAAAGUACGAAAUUGAUUCUUUUGGAGAAGGGGGAGCCAAGCCCACCAAUGUCCAAGGACGACUCGAGUUCAAGGAUAUUCGCUUUCACUAUCCGACUCGCCCUCAUCAACCCAUUCUCAAUGGCUUGUCCGUAUCGGUGCCGGCGGGAAAAACCAUUGCCCUCGUUGGACCCAGUGGCGGAGGCAAGUCGACCAUUGUCUCCAUGUUGGAACGAUUCUACGAUCCCACUUCGGGCAGUGUCGAAAUCGAUGGAACCAACAUUAAAGACAUCAAUGUGCAUCAUUUGAGAUCUCUUAUUGGAUAUGUGGGACAGGAACCAACACUAUUCAAUGAUACUGUCGGCAAGAAUAUUGCCUAUGGAAAUCCAUCUGCCACGCAAGAACAAAUUGAAGCGGCAGCAAGAAUGGCCAAUGCACACGAUUUCAUUUCCAGUUUUCCGCAAGGAUAUGACACACACGUGGGAGACAAGGGAUCGCAGCUCUCGGGAGGACAGAAACAGCGCAUUGCCAUUGCUCGUGUCUUGGUGGGCAAUCCUUCCAUUCUGCUACUCGAUGAGGCAACUUCUGCGUUGGAUUCAGAGAGUGAACUGGUCGUCCAGGAUGCACUUGACAAUGUUCUCUCGCAUCGAAAUUUGACAACCGUCGUCAUUGCCCAUCGUUUGUCCACAAUCCGCAAUGCCGAUAUUAUUGCUGUCAUUGUCAAGGGACGCAUCGUCGAAACUGGAACACACGAAGAACUCAUGUUGGCUGAAACGGGAUACUACCGAAACUUGGUGGAAAAACAAGAAGGACCCGAUCGAGGAUCAUCCUUGGCAUCGUCACGAAAUAGUUCGUCCAAUAGCUUGGCAGAGAUGGAUGCUGAUGACCAGAACACCAAUGGCAACAACAUGAAUGGAGAAUCAAUCAAUAAGCCCAUGGGUGCCCCCGUGCUCGAGUUCAAGGGGGUGCAGUUUGCGUACCCAACUCGACCCAAUAAGAAAAUCUUUGCGGGUUUCGAUUUGGCUAUUCAUCGAGGUGAAACUGUGGCGCUGGUGGGCCCAAGUGGCGGCGGAAAGUCGACAACGGUGCAAAUGAUUGAAAGAUUCUACGAUCCUUCGGAAGGCUCUGUUGAGUAUCUUGGAACGGAUCUCAAGUUGUUGAACAUAACCUGGUACAGAGAUCAGAUUGGUUUCGUGGGACAGGAACCAACACUAUUCAACGAGACAAUUGCAAAGAAUAUUGCUUAUGGGAGCCCAUCUGUAUCUCAGAAAGAGAUUGAAGAGGCAGCCCGCCAAGCCAAUGCACACAAUUUCAUCAAGAGUUUCCCAGAGGGAUACGACACGUCAGUCGGCGAACGGGGCGGACAGCUCUCCGGCGGGCAAAAACAGAGAGUUGCAAUUGCCCGUGCCCUGGUCAAGAAACCCAAGGUACUGAUUCUUGACGAGGCCACGAGUGCUCUGGAUAGCGAGUCAGAGACCAUCGUACAGGCGGCAUUGGAUAAGCUCAUGCAGUCUCGCGAGCACACCACGUUGGUAAUUGCACACAGGCUAUCUACAAUUGCAAAUGCCGACAAGAUUGCAUUCAUUGCAGAAGGCAAGGUCCUUGAGUACGGUACUCCAGCCGAACUUCUGCAGAAAAAGCAUGGGCGGUACAAGAGGCUCGUGGAAUCGCAAAAGCGCGGUGCAACUCUUGAAGCUCUCUUGGCCAAGCAAAAGAAGGACGAUACAAUAGAAGAAGAAGAGGAGGAGGAAGUAACCAAGACCGAAGACGAAGCGGAAGAAAUCAAGUCUUUCGAUUCUAAGAGAGCCCGAGAACUCGCAUCUCCCGAUGCAGCCUAUAUGGCGCUUGGAUCCGUUGGUGCCGUCAUGGCUGGGGGUGUUUUCCCGAUUUGGGGUAUCCUCUUCGCGCAGACUAUUGAUUUACUUUUCAGAAGAGUUGAGGCAUGCCCCGACCCGUUUAGCGGCAACGUCACCGCGGGUUACUUGACCUGCGAGGACUACUGGACUGAUUUCGCAGAUGACAUGCAACAGAGGUCGUUCGAGGUGGGAGCAAUGUGGGGAGCACUUUUGCUAAACUGCUUAAUUGGGUUCACGCUUAUGUUCGUUGGAUUCGGGCGUGCAAGCGAAAGACUCAGUAAGCGAGUCCGAAACGAUGCCUUUACCGCGCUGUGUCGCCAAGAGAUUGCAUUCUUUGACAAGAGAAGCGUGGGCAAGAUCACUUCCGAACUUCAAGAUGAUGCAGCCCGUAUCCAUGCUUUCUCAGGGGUGCCAAUCAGGUCAGCUCUGCUUGCCCUUGCCUCUGUCGUUACUGGUCUUGUCCUCUCGUUUGUGUACAUGUGGCCUUUUGCUCUUUUGGCUCUGUUCUGUAUCCCUCUGAUGGCGUUUGGGUCAUCGAUGGAAAUGAAAAAAGUGCUUGGAGAAGAUGAAGGAACAGGAGACGGGGAUGACCAAGAGAACAGCCCUGGAGGCAUCGUGGUCGAAACUUUGUUGAAUAUGAGAACUGUCGCGGCGUUGACUCUCGAGAAACCCCGUUUUGAGAAGUACAAGAUUGCCCUGGAAAACUCCAACCCCAACUACGUCUGGACGAGCUUCCAAAGUGGCUUUGUUAGUGGGUUGUCCAUGUUCAUCCAACAGUGGAUCAAUGCGCUGCAGUUUUGGUGGGGUGGUUGGCUCUUAGUGAAUUACCCAUCAAGCUACAUAUUGGAAGACUUCUUGAUCUCCAACUUUGCGCUCCUCUUCGGCAUGUUUGGCUUGGGCUCGGCAUUUCAGGAUCUUGCAGACAGAAAGGAAGUCGAAAAGAGCGCUGCAAGAAUUUUUCACCUCAUGGACAGAGAGAGCGCCAUCGAUCCACUUUCGGAAGCCGGAACGAAGCUGGACAGUCGCAAGAGCAUUUCAAAGAGCGUGUCCAACGGUACAUACAAGAGCCCCAAUGUGUAUGACCCGGAACCUUUCAAGAAGGACCUGGUCAACUGCUGGACUGACGAGAAAGGGGACAUCGUUGAAACCAGCGACGAAGUUUACGUGUAG